ACUCCCGGCCAACUACAGGCCCCUGCAGGGCGGCGCGCGGCACUGCGGCAGCCGCCGGACGGUCUCGUGCUCCGCCGCGUCGCGAAAAGCACGUUUCUCCUCUCCGGCGGGGGCCUCCUACGCAUGCGCGUUGCUCCCUCCCGCUGCUGCCGCCCCCCCCAGCCACCAGCUGCCCUGGUUACCGUUGGUGUCCCGGUACUCUCCUCUUCUGUCCCCGCGACACCACUUAGCUGGGAUAGAGCCGUUCCCCCCCUGUCACGAGAGGGGUGGGGGAGGGAGCCGCUGCGGGUCUCGCGCUUGAUCACUCGCGCUUUCGUUCGCCAGCUGGCCCUGGGGCUUGGGCUUGCCGGCUGGGCUGGGCUGAGCCAGGCGCGCGGGCCGGCUGAUUGGAGAAGGGAGGAGCGCCCGGGUGGGGCGCGCGCCGAUAAAAAUGGCGAAAUGGGGUUAGGCGGCGUGCAGGCUGGAGCGACGGGGCGCCGAGGUGGGACCGGGCACCCCCGAGCCCCGUGACCCCCGCCCCGGGCAUCGUGCCGUUCUCUCUGGCCAAUCGGACCCGGCGACCUGGUUCUGACACCCGGUGGGGGACAACGACGGACUCCGCGGGAUACCGCGGGGCCUGGCGGGAGCUGGAGGCAAUGGAUGAGCAGAGCGUGGAGAGUAUUGCUGAGGUUUUCCGAUGUUUCAUUUGUAUGGAGAAGUUGCGUGAUGCACGUCUGUGUCCACAUUGCUCCAAGCUUUGUUGUUUCAGCUGCAUUCGGCGCUGGCUGACAGAACAAAGAGCUCAAUGUCCUCAUUGUCGUGCUCCCCUGCAGCUCCGGGAACUGGUAAACUGUCGUUGGGCAGAAGAGGUUACCCAACAGCUUGACACUCUUCAACUUUGCAGUCUCACUAAACAUGAAGAAAAUGAAAAGGACAAAUGUGAAAAUCACCAUGAAAAGCUUAGUGUAUUCUGCUGGACUUGUAAGAAAUGUAUCUGCCAUCAGUGUGCACUUUGGGGAGGCAUGCAUGGUGGACACACUUUUAAACCUUUGGCGGAAAUUUAUGAGCAACAUGUCACUAAAGUGAAUGAAGAGGUAGCAAAACUUCGUCGACGACUCAUGGAAUUAAUAAGCUUGGUUCAAGAAGUGGAAAGAAAUGUAGAGGCAGUGCGAAGUGCAAAGGAUGAACGUGUUCGAGAAAUUAGAAAUGCAGUGGAGAUGAUGAUUGCACGUUUAGAUACACAGCUGAAGAAUAAACUUAUAACAUUAAUGGGUCAAAAGACAUCUCUGACACAAGAAACAGAACUUUUGGAGUCUCUACUCCAGGAGGUAGAACAUCAGCUGCGUUCUUGUAGUAAGAGUGAAUUAAUCUCUAAAAGCUCAGAGAUCCUCAUGAUGUUUCAGCAGGUUCAUAGAAAGCCCAUGGCAUCCUUUGUUACAACUCCAGUACCACCAGAUUUUACAAGCGAAUUAGUGCCAGCUUAUGAUUCAACUACUUUUGUUUUAGAGAACUUCAGCACUUUGCGCCAGAGAGCAGAUCCAGUUUAUAGUCCACCUCUUCAAGUUUCAGGGCUUUGCUGGAGGCUGAAGGUUUACCCAGAUGGAAAUGGAGUUGUGCGUGGUUAUUACCUCUCUGUGUUCCUGGAACUCUCAGCUGGAUUACCAGAAACAUCCAAGUAUGAGUACCGUGUUGAGAUGGUUCAUCAGUCUUCCAAUGAUCCUGCCAAGAAUAUCAUUCGAGAAUUUGCAUCUGAUUUUGAAGUUGGAGAAUGCUGGGGUUAUAAUAGAUUUUUUCGUUUGGACCUACUUGCAAAUGAAGGCUAUUUGAACCGACAAAAUGAUACAGUAAUUUUAAGGUUUCAAGUGCGUUCACCAACUUUCUUCCAAAAAUGCCGGGAUCAACAUUGGUAUAUUACUCAAUUGGAAACUGCCCAAACUAGCUAUAUCCAACAAAUUAAUAAUCUUAAAGAGAGACUUACGAUUGAACUUUCCCGAUCUCAAAAAUCAAGAGGCAUGUCACCACCAGACACCCACCUUAGCCCUCAAAAUGGUGAUGUUCUUGAGAUGAGAGCUAAGAAAGCAGGAUCAAGUUGUGAAUUGCUUCUUGAGGGUAUGCCUGCUACAGCUUCAGUAAGAGAGGCCAAAGAGGAUGAAGAGGAUGAAGAAAAGAUCCAACAUGAAGAUUAUAAUCAUGAGCUUUCAGAUGGAGAUCUGGAUAUAGAUCUUGUUGGAGAAGAUGAAGUAAACCAUUUAGAUGGUAGCAGUUCUUCUGCCAGUUCAACAGCUACUAGUAAUACUGAAGAAAAUGAUAUUGAUGAAGAAACUAUGUCUGGCGAGAAUGACGUGGAAUAUAGUAAUAACAUGGAAUUAGAAGAGGGAGAACUCAUGGAAGAUACAACUGCUGCUGGAGCUUCAGGCAGUAGCCAUGGUUAUGCAAGUGCAAGUCGCAGAGCUUCAAGGCGAGCUGGAAAUACAGGGUCUGCAGCUAGUAGCAGUUUAUUAGAUAUUGAUCCUUUAAUUUUAAUACACUUGUUGGACCUUAAGGACCGGAGCAGUAUGGAAAAUUUAUGGGGCUUACAGCCUCGUCCACCUGCUUCACUGCUACAGUCCACAGCCUCAUAUGCCCGAAAAGAAAAAGAUCAGAGGAGACAACAGGCAAUGUGGAGGGUGCCUCCAGACUUGAAGAUGCUAAAGAGACUCAAAACACAAAUGGCUGAAGUGAGAAGCAAGAUGUCUGAUGUGAAAAACCAACUAUCAGAAGUAAGAAGCAGCAAUGCUGGGUCCUGUGAUGUCCAGUCCAACCCUUUUUCUGCUGAUCAAGUGUCUUUGACUGCCUGUACGACAGAAAGCUGUGGCAAAUUACAAGAUCUAGGAAUGGAACUUCUGACAAAGUCUUCAGUUACAAGUUGUUACAUCAGGAACUCCACAAAUAAGAAAAGUAGUUCUCCUAAACCUGCCCGAUCUGGUACAGCUGGAAGUUUGUCACUAAGAAGAGCAGUGGAUUGUGGGGAAAACAAUCAUCGCCCAAAGGGAGACUGUCAGACUUCCUCUGAAGGGUGCCCUGGAAGCUCACAGUCUGGUAGCAGACAUAGCCCACCCCGGGCUUUGACUCAUGGCAAUAUCUGUGAGGUACUGCCCAAAACAGAAGAAAGACAGUGUGAAGUUUUGGAUCCAGAUGUUCUGAUUGUUUCAGGUUUAAAUGGCUUACCUGUUAUGGAGAAAACAAGAAAAAUGGUCACAUUGGGGUCUAAUGUUAAAGGAUGUCGCAUAGAGGGGACCCCAAUCACUGAUAUGGAAAACAAUUCUGAAACUGGGGAGUUACAAGCCAUACUUCCAGAAGGGGCUUCAGCUGUGUCUGAAGAAGCAGUUCUCUGUCAGAAGCAUGUUCUUCGGCUCCUGCCAGGAAUGAGCAGUGAUAGUGAUGUUGAGUGUGACACUGAAAACGAAGAGCAAGAAGAGAAUGCUCCUUUGGAUGGAUUUAAUGACUCCUUCAUGGGACAGCCCUCAGGGGAAGAUACGCGUUCCAGUUUUCCUGAAGGUGAUCAAAUAGGCCCUGAAGACCUCAGUUUCACCACUAGCGAGAGCAGUGGAAGGUAAUUGCCAAACCAAGGCCAUUGGCUUUGAGUUAACAUGACCCUGAAAUUUGCAGUAGAUGGUGGCUGAAGUUUCUCGUCAGAGCCAGGAAUGAUUGCAUGUGACCUUGGUUUGCUGCCACUCUCUCCACCUGCAGUGCUAUUCCUGAAACUGUGACAGAAGGUGGUGGAUUGAGUGUACACUGGAGAGAAGAAUCAGCAUUGGAAGAGUUCUAUGUGUAACCCAAUAAUAGAGUAGUUCUAGACAUUAAUAAAUAAUCUGCAUUCACAAAAGGCAGUUUUUCUACAACUGAAAGGAGAUAAAUUGCCAGAAAUUUACUUCUGUCUUCCUAACUUGUUUGGUGCAUGCACUCUUUAACCUACUCAGUGUUGAUACUGUCCCUUUGCUGUUCUCUUCGGUAUCUGAGUUUAGAUGACCACCUUCCUACUGGAUUUAAUCAGCAGUUUAUUCAUGCCUGUUGUUUAGUGACCAAGAAAAAACUACUUAAGAAUAGAUUUUGUACUGUAGGCUCUUUAUGUGAAUGAGUGUAUUUAAAUAACCCUAACCACCCUCUGACCGGGUACCUUGACUGAUAGGAGUUAAUUGAUCUCAUUUGAAAAUGCAGGUGCCCUAAUUUAGUUGCACAAAAUGAUUCCAUCAUGCAACUUUUUCCACAGGUCAUUUUUAGUCUCUUGGAGAAUUAGGCAAAUUUGAGAAGAAUCUACCUGCUGUUUUAAGUGUUGAGCUCUCGUCAGAAUAUUUAGGCAAUUCAGUUUCUUUUGUUUCACAUGUUUAGCAGAUAUUGAGGGAAUCUCCCUGACUCUCAUUCUUUUUAUUAAUUUAACUUAAUUUAAUUUUCUAUAGAUUUAAAGGUUCAAAACUCUUAGUGAUUCACAUGAAAGUUUCAAAACCUAGUGUAGAGUUUUCUUCCUUUUCUCAUUUUUGGACCAAUUUGGGGAGAAAGUAAUUGCCAAAUUUAUCCUUGAGAAAUGGCAUUUGUAUUUGAGCUGCUACAUUGACUGUGAAAACUACAUGGAAAAUUAAGAGGCUACUGAAAAGGAAAAAUAACUGUAUAUCAGUGUUUGAAGGGAAGACUUUUAAUCUGCCCAUGUUUUAGCUAAUGAAAAUUGCUUUUUUGUGUCUGAUUUUUUGUGUUAAGUGUUACCAUUCAUGGUUCUUGUUCAAAACAGUUUGCACUUUUUGUUAAUAAAAUGAUCUUGGGAAGAUGUAGUGCUUAUGGUUAUUGAAGAAGUCGGAAGGCAGGUUCUGUUCUAGUCACCCAGAUUAAAAACUUCUUCACUUUGUACUUGUUAGAUAAGCACAUAGGGAGGAGAGGAGUGUUUUCUAAGUCUCUGUGAUGGAGCCACUUACCACAAGGAUCUCCUUGAGCUAGGUAGACAGAGUCUAGACAAUAUAAUCCUAAGGCCUGGAAGUUACUUAUUGUUUUCUUCGCCCGAACUUAACUGUAGUUCUCAUGUUCUUUUCAUGGGGUUGUUUCGCAAAAUAUAAGGAGACUUUUUAAUGCUUUUAGCUUAAUUAGAUUCAGAAGAUUUUGCCUUCAUUACAUUUUGACAUACAGGUAUUCUUAAUUUUACUGUCUUCACACAUGUACACAUAAGUAAUUACAUGUGCAGUCUAUAUGUAUGUAUGUCAUGUCUGUAAUAGAUGACAAACUUUAUAUAACAGUUCUCCAUCAUCUUCCAAAUCCAAACAAAACUCAAAUGCAGUCCUUCCCAGAAAAGUACAGCUGACUAAUAAAUUAGUUGCCUGGGUCUCUCAUAAUUGGGCAAAUUCUAAUUUGAUGUCUGUUUAUUCUAGGACUGAUUACUUAACCAUGCAGUGUACAGUCAUUUGAUUUCUCAUAAUUGUAGAGGUAGCUGACACUUUAUACUACUGUACAGUUAACAUUCUUACAUGCGUGUGUGGGGCGGAGGGAGUGGAGAGAGAGAGUUCUCAUUUGUUCCUCACAAUAGCCUUGUGAGGUAGAGUGUAGUGGUAUUAUUAUCCCUAUUUUUACAGAGGAAGAUAACCAGAGUUUAGAGAGACUGAUUAGCUUGCCUAAAAUCAGUUAGCUAGUAUAAAUAUGGUUGAGUCAGGAUUCAAACCUAGGUCCUCUGAUUCCAAGUGUGGUGUUCUUUCCACUCUCCCACAAUUGCCACAUGAUUUACUUGUGUUGUUUGAAAUUUUCCUGUUUGCUUUGUAAUAAUAGAGAAAACACUAUUGGAUUUGGAGUCAGCAAACCUUGGUUUGACUCUUGAUUGUGCCACUAAUUCUGUGGCCUUGGGCAGGUCACAACUGAGAGUUUCCAAACUUUGGAUUCCAUUGUCUCUAGAGUUGGGUUAUAAAGUGUAUAUACGGUAGUUUAUAAAUCUUAACUUGUUAGAGAAAUUUAGGUGGUUGUUAUUGUUAUACAACUGUGGGAAGAGGAAAUGCUCUGAACUGGGGCAGAUAAGAUAGGAAGGGGCCCUAGUUUAUCAAGUUAAAUUCCCCAAACCUUUCAUUGACAGCCCUUAACAUUGUUUUCUUGGGCUGUUAAUCAAAGCCCCAUGUUCUUGUCUUGGUUCUGAAUCCCUCUUUUACCAUAAAUGUGCAAAUAUUCAUCAAACCCUGAAGUUUAAUAAAGACAAUAAUCGAUCAAAA